UUCCUCGGGCCUCUCCAUCAUCUUCUCCAUCGCAGGCGGGCAGGAUGGCCGAAGGCGCGGCGCUGCUCCUGUUCCUGCUGCUCCCGCGGGCCGGGCUGGCGGCCCUCGCUUCUUCUUCUUCUUCAUCCCCUUCUUCUUCUCCUUCUCCUCCUCCUCCGCCGCCUCCUUCGUCUUCUCCUCCGCCGGGAGACGGCGACCCCUUCGCGGCUCAGCUGGGCGACAUCUCCGCUUGCCAAGCGCGCUGCGCGCCCAGCCUCCGUCUCCAGACCCCCGGCGCCAAGGAUGCUGUCCUCAACGCCUGCUACCGGGGCUGCCGGCUGUUUUCCAUUUGUCAUUUUGUGGACGCCACGGCCGACCUGAAUGCAACGAGAGUCGAGUGCGAAUCGGCCUGCAUGGAAGCCUACGCUGGCGGCGAUGAACAGUUUGGCUGCACGACGGGAUGCAGGACUCAGCUGCCGGAGACAGACAGCAGGGGAGAGAAGGUCCUGGACCUGAAGCCCCCCUCGUUCUCCGUCUUUGACCUGGUCUCCAGCUUCUGCAAUGAUAUUGUCAGCUCGGCGCAGAGUUUCAUUUCCUCCACGUGGACCUUCUACCUUCAGGCGGACGACGGGAAAGUCGUCGUUUUCCAGUCUCAGCCAGAGAUCGAGUAUCCGGUUCCAGAGGUCCAGGCACCCAAAUCGGAGGUUUUGGAGAAGGCAUGGGCGCCAUCGACCUCCAACACUUUGAAGCCCCACACAGGCCUUCGGGAAAAACUGGAGAAACCUCCCGUGGAGGAGCCGAAAGCCAGAGCGAAAUCGUCGCCCCCUGCGGAGACCCAGGCGCUCCCAGAACACGACUUUCUGGGCUGCAUGUCCAACCAGUUCGAAGUGUCCGCCCCCUCCAUGGCCGGCCAUAAUCUCGUCGUCUCUCUCUGGCGGGGGGCCUCUGGGUGUUACAGACGUUCGGGCUUGCCGCGAUGGAUCCUGGCCGCUUGCCUCUUCCUCUCCAUCAUGGUGAUGCUGUGGCUCAGUUGCGCCAGUCUGGUGACAGCCCCCGAUCAGCACGUCAAGACCCAGCCCCUGAGUAUCAACGGGGACAAGGAAUACCUGGAAGACCUGGAUAGCGCUGUUCCAUAUUCCCUCCGCCCCGUAAUAGCCGUCGCCAUCUGCCCGGUGGAGAACGAGGAAGCGGCUCUCCUCCCCGUCAAAGUGGAUUUAGACAAGACCGCCCUUUAAGGAUUCCCCCUGCCCCAUAUCCCACCUUGCACCCCCCCAACCUCUCCUGUACUCCCCAAUACCCCCGAUUUCCUCUGGUUUUCCAUCAGAAUCUCCCCAGCCCACCCACAAGCCCCUCGUCGCAACACCACCCCUUCUUGCAUCACCUGCUCUUUUGCCCAGGUGGGGCAUUUUUUGAACUCGGUACCUUCCUGGCAGAGGUGAGGGCGGGGCCCCGUAUUUUUCAGCAGUGACGUCUUGCGGGGUGAGUGGGUUGGGAAGGGGCAGGUCUCUGUGGUUUUCGAAACCGCUGCGUAAAUUUGAAAUCAACUUGCCAUUCUCUGGGGAAAGGCUGCAGAAGGGUAGGCAGAGUUCAGUCCCGGGUUCAAAUCGACGCGUCUCUGAGUAGGGCUGGGAUGGGGGACAGGCACACACACCCCAGCCUGGAACAAUGUAGACAAUGCCAAACUCGAUGGGCGAUUCGAUUCAGUAUUAAGGCAGCGUUCCUGCUUGAGUUCGGAACAAAGAGGAUUAGGACCUCGCUUCGCUUCCGAGCUCAGCGACUCAGAGUCUGGGAGGUCCCGAGUUCAGGUUCUGACAUCUCCCAACAAGGCCUGGGUGCGAAUGUCCGCUUCAUAUCCUUUGGAACCUGUGUCGUUUUUGGUAGUGCCCGUUUUCCGUUCCGUUUUGCACUGAUGUCCGCUGGGGCCCCCCAUCUCCUACCCCCCCCUCCUGGCACGCAACUUGUGACCCCCUGGCACUUAAGGGGGGGGCACACGCCUGCUUUGAUCGCUUGUACAUUUCGCCUAAUGCUCGUUUCUCUUGUACAGAGGUUUAACUUAUUUCCCGGUACCUUCAUUUCCUCCUCCUUCUUCGUCUCUUUUCUCCUGCCCUUGUAAGGUAGCUCUUGCCGUCCAUAACUUCUGAAGCAAUGAGACUCUUUAAACAUGUUCCAAAAUAUCAGGUGUGGAAGGAAAAUCCUGGCGGUUGGGGGGGGGAAUGUAAUUUUAGGUCGUUUUGCUAUCAGUAUCCAUCCGAGCUUCCGCAACAGGACAUCCUGUGUGUAAAAAAGCUGAGCCACCAUUCGUACGAUCUUCUUAACGGAAUAAAGCUGUGUUUUCCCCCAACCCUUUCCCGUCACCUCUGCCCAUUUUUGGGGAUCGAAAAAUAGCAAGACCUCGGUGGAGCUGAGCUAGUACCCAUCUAUCUUAACCCUAUAUAUCUCUUAAUAAACCUUUUCGUCUGUCCUGGAAGUGUUGAAGAGGAAUGGUUUGUUCUUAAGUUGUUUUUUCCCUGUUUAAUAAUAAUAAGAAUAAGAAUCAGGUCGGGAUCCAAUGUGCAGAAGAAGUUGGGACAGAUAAUAAGAAUAAUAAUUUUGUUAUUUGUUACCCUGCCGACCUGGCUGGAUCUGCUCCAGAUCCUUUUUAAUCCGAAAGUGGAAGUGCAGGUUUUUUUUGUCAGAGGCAACCCAGCAACCCAAAGCUGUGGGGUCUUUUUGGCGAGACAGGAUGGGGCAGGAGUACAGGUAUAGGGAUCCACUGGAUCCCCAGAUGAUGGGUCUACAGCUCCAAUCAGUCCUAGCCAGCACGAUCAAUGAUGAAGGACGCUGGGAGUUGUACCCCAGAAACACCUGGAUUUCCAGAGGUUCGCCCUCAACUUCCCGGGGCUUAGGGGUGGGGCGCAGUGUCUUGCAAAUACGAGCAAGAAGGAAGUGGCUGCCGGCCCAAAGAAAAUAACCUUGGUUGUUGAAUUGCACAAAUUCUACCGGACUGAUGCACCGAUUUCAAACCUGCACAUGUUUGCGUAUGAAUAAAGAUGGUUUGGAAGAACGAAGCAGGCUCCCUGGUUUUUUAAGUGAGAUUCGCCCCCAAAUAGGGGCACAAAUUCUGCUCGCCUUCCAUUGCUCCUCCGAACAACUGAUGGGGAAAGUUGGAGCCCCAAAACAUGGAGGGGCACAGGGUAAACAUGGCUUCAUACGGUUUACAACUGUGUCUCUGGCCUCUUUGUGUGUGAGGGGGAACCUUUGGUGGCAAGAAGUCGGCUUCUCUCAUGGCACGGUGAACGGAAAGGAUGUUUCUCGCUUCGGUUGGAGGAAGCUGCUGUUUUCGUCUGCCCCCCCCCCCGCUGCAAAAUUCAGGCAGCAGCUGCCGUCGAAUUCCUACCCGUGCCAGGGA